CCUUCCUCUGUCACUCGCGGGACAUGGGAGUGACGGGCUGGGGCAGACUGGGAGCACCAGGGCAGCACAGCCGAGCACCGGCUGCAGCCUCAGUUUGCGCUGGGUGGGUGGUGAAACCUCCCAGAGCCUGCUUCUCACACGAGCACCCCUGAGGUGCUGCUUUUACAGGUCUUCGUUCUGGUGUUCGUGCUUGUCAGAGGCUGACUUAGGUACUGUAAGGAGCUUUCCGAAUCAUCCUUUUUAUUGUUUUCUUUCUUGACUUUGCGCCAAACAGGCAGUCUCUCCAGGAUCAUGAGCAAUGCUGUGUAGGUUAGUGCGUUUAUUAAUAGUUCUCUGUGUUCCAAGGGAAUACAGUUGUUGAUAGAUGCCAGUGACGUUUGAGGAUGUGGCUGUCUAUUUCUCUUCCGAGGAGUGGGCAGAGCUGGCAGGAUGGCAGCGGGAGCUGUACCGGGAGGUGAUGUUGGAGAACUACGAGGUGGUCACCUCACUGGUCUGCCCUGUGACAGGCUGGCCCUCUGUCAAACCAGAAAUCAUCUGUAAGAUUGAGCAAGAAGAAGAGCCAUGUGUGAGAGACCUUCCAGACCCCAGUGUGUGGAGGAGACACCAGCUCUCUUUGCCAGAUGGUGAUACCCAGAUUAAAAAGGAGGAAGAGGAAGGCCCGGAAACACUGCCAGCGGCUGCUGCAUUCCUGGGGAAGCCUGAGCUGUGCUUCAAGUGGCGAGGUGGCUCAGCUCGCGGCAGGCUGGGCAGGAGGCGGGGUGGUCCAGCAGUGCGGCCCCGCACUCAGCCCCUCCUGGCUCUCCGGCAGGCAGCCCUGCUCAAAAAGAAACCACCCACGUGUCCUGAGUGUGACAAGAGCUUUAAGAGCAACACCGCGCUGACUAUUCAUGAGAGGAGCCACACAGGUGAGCGGCCGUUCAAGUGUCAAGAGUGUGGGAAAGGCUUUCCCUCCAAAGGGGACCUCAAGAGACACCAGAAAAUCCACCUGGGGAAAACAGAGUCCCCUUCUCUUGGGCCUACAAUGUGCCUCCCUCCGAAGUUGCUGCUUGCUCGGCCCCAGCGUGGCCCCCUGGGACCCAAGAGGCCCCACACGUGCACCCAGUGUGGGAAGAGCUUCAACAAGAGCCGAGACCUCAAGAAGCACCAGCAGACACACACGGCAGAGCGGCCCUUCUCCUGCCCACAGUGCGGGAGCAGCUUUCGGCUCAAGCAGAUCCUGGUGUCGCACCAGAAGGUGCACCGCGGGGAGAAGCCCUUCCGCUGCACGGACUGCGGGAAGCAGUUCAGCCAGAAGCAUCACCUGCUGAGCCACCAGCGCGUACACACAGGCGAGAAGCCCUUCACCUGCACCCAGUGUGGUCACUGCUUCAGCCAGAAGCACCACCUGAUUAGUCACCAGCGCAUCCACACUGGGGAGCGCCCCUUCGUCUGCACUCAGUGCGGCAAGAGCUUCAAGGACAAGAAGACCCUUAUCAUCCACGAGAGGAUCCACACUGGGGAGAAGCCCUACAAGUGCAAUGAGUGUGGCAAGACCUGCAGCCAGAAACAGCAUCUGAAGAGCCACCAGCGCAUCCAUAGAGGCCUGCGGAUGCUGGGGGCCCUGGAGACCUGCCGGAGAGAGGGCCCAGUGGUGUCCCCACCGGGCACGCGGGCAGAGGCAAAGCCCUUCCAGUGCGCAGUGUGUGAGAAGAGGUUUCGGGAUGAGAGGAUCAUGCUGGCUCACCAGCGAACCCACGCUGAGCAAGGGCCGCUGAAAAGCAUCCCUCGGGUGGGACAGAGCCUGCGGCUGGCUCUGCAGCAGAGCUCCCAGCUGGAGCAGGCACACGGCCCCAUCCUGCUGCCGUCUGGGGCAACCCCUCCCCAGAAACUGGGUGUCAUGGCUCCACAGGGAGCCCUGGCUGCCAAGAGACCUUUUGCUUGUGGUAAUUGUGGGAAGAGGUUCACCCAGAGCAAGUACCUCCUGCUCCACCAGAGGAGCCACACAUGAAGCAGUUAUCGAGCAGCAGACAGUGUCUUCUGCAGUGAGCUCCACCUCGGGGUGGUGCUCAGGCUCCUCACGCACCGAGCCACCCCAUGGGGAGCUGCCCACAGGGACUGUCCAGCUGCUUUGCUGGAAACCACUCUCACCUCUCAGCCUCACCGUAAGAAGCAUCUCCUUGAACCACACAGCCUCAAGCCCCCCUCACCUUUGCUGCUUGAGGGACACUCAAAACCGAAACGUGGCUCUUCUUUCCAUGCUCUGUUUCCUAUGGACAGGUCACCCUGCUGCCUCGCUGACCCGUCAGUACCCUGCAGAACGACUGAAAUGGAAGUGGAGUAACCAGAAUCUUCCCUGGCUUUCUGAUUACAGUCGGCCCUUGCUAGUUUGCACAAGUACUUGUGAAAUCGCUGAAUUUUGCCAGUGAGACAGUAAGCAUAUGAUUGCUCUGUAUAGUAGGCACAGAUGCUGCCUUGCAAUGAAUGUAGCUCAUUCAUUUGACUGUGUAGCUAGUUUUAUUUAUUGUGUUAUAUUAGGAAGCAUUCUGAGGUGUAACUUGUGAAAGCGAAGAUGUCUCAGUAACAUGAAACCUCACUAUGUUGCUCCGUGUAUGAUCAGACCUUUGCGAAAAGUGGUGGCAAAGCUGUGUCUCACUUCCCUAAUGCAGUGGGUUCUGCUGUAUGCUGCUGGAGUUCACCCUUCCCUGGAUCUCUGGUAUAAAGCUCUCUCUUUUACCUGAAUAAGUGUUAGCAGUGGUGGUUCCUCUUGCCUGUUAUGUUCAAGUUGCACUGUGGUGACAGCAUACUGCAUGAAAUAACUGUUAACCCAGAACUUGGCUGCUCAUGAUACAAAAAUCAUAAUAAUACAUCCAGAAUAUUUUAUGGGAAAGGAAGGAAGAUGCUUUUUUUCCUGGACAGUAAAUUAAAAGUUUCUUGAUGCAGAUAAUAAGCAAUGAUGUACGUGGCAAUCCAUGGUAAACCACAUGCUGCUUCUCUAAAGAGCCGCUGCUCUUCCACAGCAGUCUCUUACAUUUCCUCAGUGCAAAUGUCCAGAGCGCUCAUUUCCUCUCUUUUUAAAACUGUUACCCCUGACAACGCAUGUUGGGAUGUAGCAAGAAAUCACGUUCUUUGCGGAGAGCUGAGGGCUUCAUCAGACUUUGAGAGAUGAAGCAGCAUCUCAAGGAAGUCCGUUUGGACGUGCGUGAGGGCUCUCCUUUGCACAUCUCUCCCAAGGGGUGCCAUCCAGACCUUACCCAAGAACUGCUGCUCUUCUCUUGAGCAUAUAGUAACUUUUUAUCAGCACAGGAGUAAUUUGAUUCACUUUUCAGGGCAAAUCCUAGCCAGGGCCCCUUCUUGUCUUUAAAUUAUGCUUCCCACAGAAACUCUGCCUCAGGUGCAAGGCUGCAAUUUUUGACAGAUGAAUUUUUAUAAACCCUUUAUCUCAAGCUAUUUAACAACAUUAAAAAAGUGAGGCUAUUUCUUUAGAAUAAAAACACUUUGUGGAAAUCACAAUUGAAAGAGUUGAGUUGAAGGCAUCAAACAGAAUAUACUUGCAAGCCCAAAAGAGGGCUGUGUAGGUCCAGAGAGCUGUAAGAAAAAAGGUCUUCAAACAAGUGACUUGGGGAGGUUCAUGGACCCCAAAAUAUAGGCUCGUACAGAUUGAUUUCGAUGUCACACAUUGCACAAUUUAAACAACAGAAAAAGAUAUGUGCCAAAAUGUUCAUUAGUGCCCAGAAAUAACGGGCACUAAUUUUUUGGGUAUAUCCCAAAGAACUGUAGCUGGUGGUGGCAGUAAUGUAAUUCAAAGCCUGGGUCUUAGGUUUGUCUGCAGGUAUUCAGUCUCUUUGGUAUUUUAGGGAAGCAGCCAGAGCCCAAAUUAUGGAAUGAUGUGGGAUUGUUGGGUCGUCGAAGACUUGCUUCAGUGCCUAGGUGGGGAGGUCUUACUCAGCAAGGAUUGGUGCUCUGGUUUAUGGAUCCGUGAAUAAUUCCUGUAAUUCCUGUUACAUCACUGUCCUCUGAUGAUAAAUGAGAUUCUGAGCCCAGAAGCUGAAACUACUGGAACCUUGAAGUGGUGCUUGUUAGAGAACAGACUUUCACAGCUGCUCACAGGCUCGUCUGGGGCCCCUCUGCUUGGCUGGGCAAGCAUAAAGCAGUGAAGCCUCGAUCAGAAAGAGGAUAUUGUCUCAUGCCCGUGAGGAGGAAAAGCAGAGAAGGCAAACUUAAUA